UAGCCAGCUCCACACGGUCGGCGAUGUGGAAAUCGGUCGCUCAUGAGCGCAGCGCGCCGAGCCGCUCCCCCCAAACCCCCCCGAGUCCCCCCAGUGCCCCUGAAACAAUUGUAGAUUUUGCACUGAACUCCUGCAAAUCACGUCUCGCUGUGUGGUUCGAUCUGUCUUUCGGGUGUUCGGUGUUGUCCGAGCACUGUUGCUCCGCUGCCGCUUCACGUCUCUGCAGCAAACCUGGCUGGAUAUGAUCCUACAGUGUGCUCAACCAGCCGGCUUCGUUCACAGGUUACACUCUGAGUCUACAGAGGUUUACAGCCACAAACACAUCAUUCACCCUCCUCCUGGCCGGCAAGAGUCGUCUGUCAUCCUGCAUUCAUCUAAACAGCAGUGAGGACAGACAGGAAACUCACAGUGUACUGGUACUUCUUGUGUGUGUGUGUGUGUGUGUGUGUCAGCCCUUCAGUGCCUUCAUUGUUCCCCCAAGCUCUCCACUGUGCAUGUGCACGAGCAGUGAUGUGUGUCCAGGUAGAGAGUUAAGAGGAAAACUGGACCUGUUCAAGUCAGCGAAAUAGAACCAGCAGGGUCGAGCAGUUUAGCAUGUGAGGCUGUGUGUGUGUGUGUCAGCGGGGCAAGUGUUGACCAGGCUAUGAGAGCAUCCCAGAGGGAGAGCCGUUCGAUGCUGAGUUGAGCUGAAGGAGCAGAACAGGAGCAUCUGAAAGAGGAGCAGCCAUGGGACUUGGACAGUCCAGCAAGACUCCAGUCACUAAUGACACAGAUGAGGUUAAUUUUGACCACUUCCAGAUCUUGAGGGCGAUAGGAAAAGGGAGCUUUGGAAAGGUCUGCAUUGUGCAGAAGAAGGACACUAAGAAGAUGUACGCCAUGAAGUACAUGAACAAGCUCAAAUGUGUGGAGCGGAACGAAGUGAGGAAUGCCCUGAAAGAGCUGCAGAUCAUGCAGAACCUGGAACAUCCAUUCCUGGUCAACUUCUGGUAUUCCUUCCAGGAUGAGGAGGACAUGUUUAUGGUAGUGGACCUGCUUCUGGGAGGAGACCUACGCUACCACCUCCAGCAGAACGUUCACUUCUCAGAGAGCACUGUCAAACUCUACAUCUGUGAAUUGGCCCUGGCCCUAGGAUACCUCAGCACCAAGCACAUAAUACACAGAGACAUCAAACCUGACAACAUACUACUGGAUGAGCACGGGCACGUUCAUCUAACGGACUUCAACAUUGCAGCGAUUGUAAAAGACGACCUAAAAGCGACAUCCAUCGCAGGAACCAAACCAUACAUGGCUCCAGAGCUUUUUCAACCUUUUGAAGGGUUCCACCCCGGCUACUCCUUCUCUGUCGACUGGUGGUCACUGGGCGUCACAGCCUAUGAGCUGCUGAGAGGACAGAGACCAUAUGUGAUGAGAUCCAGCACACCAGCUAAUGAGAUUCUUCAGACCUUCCACAAGGUCCACCCCAGCUACCCAGCAGGCUGGUCUUUAGAGAUGAAGUCUCUCCUCAGAAAGUUGAUGUGCAUAGAUGCCCAGAAGCGCAUUUCCUGUCUAGCAGAGCUACAGGAUCUCGACUACAUGUCAGAUGUCAACUGGGACUCUGUGCUCAGCAAACAGCUUCCUCCAGGCUUUACUCCCAAUAAACGAAGACUAAACUGUGACCCUACUUUUGAACUGGAGGAAAUGAUACUGGAGUCCAAACCGCUUCACAAGAAGAAGAAAAGGCUUGCAAGAAAGACCAGGGACCAGGGGUCUGAUGGGUCGCCACAGAACGGUCAUUUGCAGCAGCGACUGGAUAAUGUCCAGAGAGACUUCAUUGUCUUUAACAGAGAAAAGUAA